UGGAAACAAAAAGACAAAACAGACUGCAGCUGAGAUUUUGGUAGAAGUACUGUCUGAUAAAAGAAGUAAAUUUGAUAUAAAGAGCUUAAUGAACUCACUGAAAAUGAGUCGGAACAGUUUGCAGCUAUCUCAUCAAACCCAUAAACUAUUUUGCCAGUCUUCUCAUUUGCCUACUACACAACAACCUGGCGCCAAUCAAACCUCUGCCACUUUCAAAACCAGUUAUAAGAUUUCUCGCCGAGAGCUCUCAAUCUGCAUUGGUCCAUCACUGCUCUACUUAGGAAACCCAUUUCAUCUCCCUGAAGCACGAGCAGAAGACGAAGCUCUGCUAAAAGAUACAACUGAAGUACAGGAGGAAACUUUAGGGGUAAAAGGCAGCACAGAUAGCAGUAUAGCAGAAGAUGUAUCUCUGCUAAAAGAUGAUACUGAAGCACAGGAGGAAACUUCAGGGGCAAAAGGCAGCACAGAUAACAGUACAGCCGAAGACGAAUCUCUGCUAAAAGAUACAACGGAAGCACAGGAGGAAACUUCAGAGGCCAAAGGCAGCACUGACAACAGUAUAACGAAGAGGGCUUACCUUGAUAUUUCCAUUGAUAGAGAACCAGUAGGUCGAAUCAUCAUUGGGCUCUAUGGAUCUGAAACUCCAGAAGGAUUUGCCAGGUUUUCAAGCCUUGUUAGUGGCACUGCAGGUACCAGUUACAGAAGAAAGGAUUUUGUGAAAAUACUGCCGAAUUACGUACAACAUGGAGGUGUGAGAUCAUUUGGUGUUGAUGCUGAUCUUGCAAAGAAAACAGGAAGUAGUUUAGCUGUAGAUAAGCUGGUAACUGAAUGGGAGAGAUUAAAUGAAAAAAAUCCAGGGAUCAAAAAUGUUGCCGGUUCAGUAAGCAUUGUAGUAAGAAAUCCAUUAAAACCACCUCCCAAGAUGAAAUUGGUGGCACGGAAAGGGAAGUUCGAGAUUGACGAAGAGGAAGCUGGAACAGAUCCUAAUGGAACUGAGUUUGUGAUCAGCAGUAAAGAUUCUCCAGAGCUGGAUUCAUCAUCACUUGUGGUUGGAAAGGUUUUGGAUGGGAAGAAUGUGGUGGAGAGGAUCACAAAGGUGAAGACUGUGCAGGAGAACACAAGUUCCCCUUAUUUCAGGGUAGCGAAGCUGAUUGGUGAUAAGCGAGCUGUUGUUGCAGAAAGAGGAUUCAACCGUCCUUACUCGAAAGUUACUGUCACAAACUGUGGCUUAAUGGAUUAAGUACCUUGCACUACAUACAUUCUUGAAAAGAUUAAAGAUUUUCAAUUAAUCAAAUCUUAGAACAAUUUUUCAUGCCAUAUUACUAAAACCGUAGUUUUCAUUCAGCUUUUCAUGUUUUGGCUUGUAUUUGGCAACUACUUUUCGGAUUGAACAGGCUAUGAACAGACCUAGCAUUUCACAAAUCAAUAUGAACAGACUUGGCAUUUCA